CCACUAUCGAUAGUGCCAUCGAUAGCGGGCGUCUCACAUCGCUAAAAUACUUUAACGCGCAUUUCACACACAACUUCACACAAACAACUGAAAAAUUGUUAAAAUUGACGGGAAUUAUAAAAAAAACUAUUAAAAAUGGAACGCUUUUUAAAAAAAGGUACACGUCGGAGGUCCGCAACACCUACUGCGCCAAGUCCAAACAAACAGGACUGUGAUUGCACCAGCACGGACUCUGAAAAAGAUGUUCUCCCCGAAAGCCAAAAGAACUCUAAAAGGAGUAAAAUAUCAACUGUUUGGAAGUAUUUUAAGAGGUCCGACGACAAAAAACUUGCCAAAUGCCUUGACUGUGGCAAGGAAUAUAAAACAAGCGGCAAUACAUCAAACUUGCGCGACCAUAUAAAAAGGUUUCAUCCCAGCUUGGAACCGGACUCUAACACAACAGCUGUAAAAAGGAACGACACUGCGUCUACAAGCAGCAGUUGCAGAUCGAGUGUGAACUCUGUGGCUUCCUUGUUCAAAAGAGCUGUCCUGUACGAGUCGAAUUCUAAGCGAAAGACCGACAUCGACAAUGCAUUGACAGAAAUGGUCGCUAAAGAUGUACAGCCAUACAACAUUGUGGAAAACGAAGGUUUUAUCAAAUACAGUCAGGUAUUGGAUCCUCGUUAUAAAUUGCCAAGCAAGACAUACUUGCGUGAUGUGCUUAUGUCCAAUCUGUACAAGGAAACCUCUGCCAAAUUGUCAUUGAUAUUUCAAGAAGUGACGGAUGUAUCAAUAACUUGUGAUUUGUGGACAUCGAGUGCCAAUGACAGUUUUUUGACGGUGACGAGUCAUUUUGUUCAUAACUAUGAACUAAAAACAGCAUCCUUGGCUACAAAAAAACUGUUAAAUGUAACAAAUCACUGUUCGCAAAACAUUGCAGAUACUUUGCGAAAUAUUCUAAUUGAUUGGAACAUUUUUAAUAAGACCGUGUGCAUUGUAACUGAUAAUGCCAGCUCCAUGCUUAAAGCAUGUGCAAUAUUGCAAAUUCAAAAUCUGCCAUGCUUUGCGCACACAAUCAACUUAGUUGUGCAAGAUGCAUUAAGAGUUGAUGACGCAGUCAUAAAAAAUUUAUUUACCAAGUGCAAAUCAAUAGUUAGAUUUUUCAAACAAAGCCCGAUUGCUAAUGAAAAAUUUAAAUUAGCACAAGAAGGUACGAUUUAUACUUUGCUGCAAGAAGUACCAACAAGAUGGAACAGUUUCUUUUUCAUGAUUGAGAGAAUUUUAAAAACAAAUGAUGCCAUUGCCAAAGUCCUAUUAGGAACCACAAAUGCACCUCAGCCAUUUACGGCUGACGAAAUACUUGUGUUAAAAGAUAUGGAAAAAAUAUUGUCUUUCUUCCAGCAAGCAAGUGAAAAAGUUUCUGGUGGAAAAUAUGUAACCAUAUCUCUGAUUAUACCCAUGGCAUAUGGGCUUCUGCGGAAAAUCGAAAAAUUCUUGCCAGAAACUAUGCAAGGAAAAACAAUCCAAAAUAUAUUAAUGGAAUCAAUAAAGAAACGACUCUCAAUUUAUGAACAAAGAAAUGUAUGUAUGAUGGCAACAUUAUUGGACCCACGUUUUAAAAAAAAUGGUUUUCAAGACGCUUCAAACGCUGAACAAGCAUCAACCUUUUUUGAAAACGAACUGGCCCAUUCGUCAAUCGAAGAGUCCAGAAAGGAUCUGACCAUCGCAGCGGACACAAGUACCCAGGACACAUUUUUUGAUUUUUUGGGUGAACGAUCAGAUAGCAAAAUCGGAAACGCACGAGUGGAUGCUAUACUUAUUAAAAGGCAAUAUCUGGAGAGGGCAAUUGUCAGUCACGAUGUGGACCCACUGUUAUGGAUUAAGGUUAAUCAAACUGAUCUUCCCUGCAUAAAGGGCCUCUUUUGCAAAUACCUUUGCAUUCCCGCAACAUCCGUAGAAUCGGAAAGAGCUUUUAGCAAGGCAGGGCAAAUUGUUUCCGAGAGACGCACCCGGCUCAAAGAGAAAAACAUUAACAUCCUGUUAUUUUUGAAUCAAAACUUUUGGUUAAAAUAAACCAUUUUUCUUAAAAACUUAAAAAAAAAA